AUGGCAGUACCGGGGACGGUGCAGGCCUUGAUCGCAGCCUUCUUCUUUGGUAUAUUGCUUAAUACGGCAUCGGCUGGUUUCGUUCUUUACAUUAAAGGCCAUGGUUCAGCAAUCUUUCGGGACGGCCUGAGGCUGGCCCUCAUACUGUUCCUUGCAUCAUCGGCACUCUGGGCACAAGCCGAGUUUCUCGCGACCCUGAUCGAACCGACCUCGAUAUCAACAUGUCAAAUCGCGGUUAUUAUAUCGUCUUUUCUGGACCAGAUUGCGCGCGUCUCAAUCGAGCAAUUUCUAGUCUGGGCUCUCGCAAAAGAUGGAUUAAAGUCGCCGGCCGCAAUCGCGACACAGAUAAUUCUACUCGUCAGGUUCAUUGUCGGUAUGGUGUUCGUGGGAGAAACAAAGCCUCAAUUCAACUCGACGUGCGUGCCCAUGUCAAACGUGGUACCUAUUUCUAUUGCUGUCAUUGCUCUAGACGCGGUCAUACUCAUCAGUACUGCUGUGAUGGCUUUCACGACAGGCUCCAAAAAGAGCGGACAAGGAACCAAGGCACUUCUUUUGACUAUCUCAGCUCUCGCAGUGUGGAUGGGAACUAGCGUUACCAUGCUUCUUGGACUUAGUACCAUCGACAUGUUUCUAAGAACCACCUUGCCUACCGUUGGGCUUUUUAUUCUGUCUGCUCUUGUUACCAUACUGUCCGGAAACUUAGCUAUGCCGCAAGAGCGCCAUCCAAGGCAACCGUUGGAAUCGCCGACUCCACAGAGCAUGAGCAGAGACCGGGAUCUGUCGACAUCAGACUCAAAUGAUUAUCCUCCUUCGCGGUAUGAAGAAGUUAAGGGUAUUGGCGGAAUGAACAUAGCGCCAUUUUCUGAGCCGAACAUUCAACCGAAGGGAUAUAAUGGUGAGACUGUUCUGCCGACUCUUGCUCGACCAGUGACUGGUGGCGCGGGAAUCGGUGGGGUUCCGGUGCAAGGCCAAUUGUUUCCGCCAUUACGUUCGAAUACUGUGGAUCAGGUCCCAAUGCUUCAAACUAUGGUGCCGUCUCGGAUAGAUAUGCUGAAGCGUAGCAAAACCGAUCCGCCUAGGAAGAUUGGCAAAGGGAAACUUGCAAUCUCGGCACCUAUUCCAAUCAACGAUCCCGAAGCCCAAGAUGCAUUCAACAAGAUUCCCACCGUCGACCUCGCUACUGCUGCCAAGAAUGAGCAGGAGCGACGGGAUGGAUAUGCAAGAAGAAUUUCGGCACUCAUGGCAACUAGACCAGCACCGAAGCCUCCGACACUUUCACCAGAAGAAGUGACAAGGAGGGCUACAACUCUGAAGCAAAGUCAGUUUGAGCGAGAAUCAUCUGUAGAAAUCGAACGAUCAAAUUCCACGAAGACAUCGCAAACAAAUGGGCUUUCUGUCGAAGGUAAUGCAUCAACUACCUCCGCACAGCUUUCUCCUGGUAACGAGGAGUUGAGGAGAAGGUCUCCACGUCAAAAUGUACCAUCAGCCUUACCAGCGAAAACGCCUACGUUCCAACCAGUUACACCAGGACAACCAUUCAGGAUCCCCAUCCCAAGAGCUCAGCCGCCUCCGGAACCUGUUCCAGAUAGACUGCCAGAACCCGUGAAGACACCUUUACAGAGGCGACCUACGAUCGGGCUACCCUCGAAUCCACGAGCUAUGACUGUCAAGAAACUAUCAGAGGAGACAAGUAAAGGACAGCCGCAAACGGUCAUGUUUAUCAACAGAAUCAGUUAUGAUGAUCCGGAAUACGUCAAUGAUAUCAUACAAGGGGCAGCAAAGGUGCAAUUCACGCCUCUUAAGUCCUCGAAUUCAGUGGUCCACCGGCCCCGCCCGAUUCCACGGAAGAGUGAUGAGGACCGUCAGGUCUACCCUGCGGAGAUGAGCUCCGGACACAGACGAACGAAAUCGGGAGGUUCAAUUAUAAGUCGUGGCUCGAUCCUCAAAUCUCAACCAGGAAGUCCUACUCAGCUACCACCAUUGCCACCACCACCGAAGAGCGCUGGCAAUUCACAGAGACCUCAACCGAAUGAUACCAGGAGCAUGACUUUCGAUGAGAAGAUGUCAGUGUUCUACGCUGGACCUUCGAGCUCAUCUUCAAUGGAUUCGACAAUGAUUGCUAUCAAGAGAAAAUCGUCUGUUCCUGAGAUACCUCCUUUGCCUGCGACAUACAUGCCUGUCAAGCAGUCACCUAUGACGGAAAGACCCGUUCCGAUUGAAGAUGCACGCAGGUUGACCAGGACUACAGCGACUGAUCAAUCCAGCAUUAGAACUCAAAGUAUUUUGGGAGUAGAGGGCCUCGAAGAGAAAUAUUUGUUGGACACAGAUCCCGAUGUGCCAGAUGAGUUUGGUAAUUCGUGGAUGACCGGCAUUCCUGCUAAGGAAUAUUUCCCAAAUGGACAACAAGUCGAUGGCAAGAGACGUCAGUCAUCUCCAGUUAUUCCCGUCCUUAGAUAUUCAACAAUAUCCGCCACCAGUGAUGGAAUAACAAAUGACGAUACUGCCACAAACUGGGCCUCGGUACAUUCGCCAGCUGUGCCUGUUGAUAUAUCCAGAUCGCGCCUCAACCCUCGCUCUACUUGGAUCAAGAAGGAUUCUCGACUCGAGUCUGUCUUGAGCGGUUUCGGAGACGAGGUGAUGACCGUCAUGCUCGACACGUCCUCGGAACAAUCCACAAGUAGCCGGCAGUCUUUUCUGUUAGACGACGAUGAAUCGAGACAUAGUAUACUAGAGGUCGAAACUAACCGUGCUGAUCGAUGGCAUCAUCGCGUUGGAGACAAUUGUCCUACUUUCUCUGCUCGAAAAGAAAAGGUCAAGUCUAGGAAAAUGCCUCCGCCGACUCCGUUGCUUUUGCGAGCGGCGAAUAACAAGAACGCGAUAGUGAUACAUACUGCCGAACCUUCACCAAUGGAAUCACCUAAAGCAGCAUAUAAUAUGAUUCAGGCUCAGUUGCGAAAGCUAGAUGAGUCUAGUCGAGACUCGAUCGCAAGCGAAGGUAGACGAAUGGCACUUCUCGAAGACCUCGAACUCGAAAUGGGCCAGCAGGAGAGCAGGUGGCAGACGAUGCAACACAACCUAGAUCGCGAUUCGAUCUCGACAAUACAGACUGAAUCACGUCCUGUAUCUAUUGCAACGCCUGCUGCUAAGUCACUGACCAGAACGUCUUCCACGAGCUCAGUCCUUGCCGAACGCCGGGCGUCACGACGAGCACGUAUGCUAAGCGUAAAUCGCUCGAAGGAGGACCUGUCGGUCUUUCAUGUGGAUUCCAGCAACUCGCGCACCAGCCUAUUCCAGACACGUCUCGCAGCUGCUCAGAUGGAGUACAUGGACAAUGCACCGGAUCUCAUUUUGAAGCGAGAUAACUUGAACUUCUUCUCGGUAUCCAAAGCUGAUUUAGGAAGUCCUACGCCACCGGACACUGAUGAGUCGGACUCUGAAAUUAUCUCUCGUUUCCAGUCGUUGAACGCCAAGAUCUAUCAGCCAAAGACAAAAGAAGUUCACCACUUGUGGAAAUCGCCUCCCCCCAAAAUUGAGUUACUCGAUGGUUUGUUGUGGGAAGGAAAUGUUCAGAAUUCGGUGUCCACUACCACAGUUGAUCUUCCAGGACUCUCUAUACGCCCUCUUGCCAGGAAAUGCACGGAUGCAUUAAUCAUCGAAAGUGCCCAACUAUGGCGGAAGUCCCAGCAACCAGAGGUCCUUGAAAACCACGGCCUUUGGGGCGCAGCACCGCUGCAGAAAAAGCCAGAUGCCCAGGAAGUAGGACAAGUCCAGAAGGCCCGGCCUGUAACUCAACGUCCACCUCGUAAGAACAAGCGUGUGACGCUUUUGCCUGAUAUCAUUGAGAAUCCUGAGCCACUACCAAAUAAGCGAGGCACGCUUGGCAUCUUUCAAUUUCCAUGGGGCGAGCGCAGUGAGAACGCCACAAUCCAGCCUGUUCUGCAUAUCCCAAGCCAGAUGUUGAGAGUGAUGCCCGGAACCAUGUCCAGCAGUGGCCCACGCAUCAGUGCCACCCUGGAAGCCCGAGCACGGCAGCUCGAAGCUGAGGAGUACUCCUCGUCCUUUUUCGAUGAAUACGACGAAGAGGAAGACUACGGCGACAACUUCGACGACGAGUACGACGAUAGCGGUGAUGAUUUCGACGAGAGUACUCUUUGGGAAAUCGCCAGCUUGUUAAAGACUGAUAUUCCUUCCAAGAAUAGCUUGCUUCCCUCCUCGGCUACCGAUAGCUACCUCGUUGAAGAGCCGUCGGAAGAUGAACUUGACGAGGACCACUACGGCCCACUUGACUUUGUUCCAGAAGAGCUGUCUCCGACAGCUACUCCAUUAUUUUUGAGAUCACAAAAUGAAGUUUUGAGAGCCUCUCUGUGGAUGUCUGAUGCUCAGGAUAUCCUUUCGCACCACAGCUUUGGUCUCCCUCAACCUGAGGACGAUAUCUGGCAAAGCUACCUACCCAAUGGAGAAAAAGUAACUAAGCCACGAACUCAUAUCGAGGAUCUCCCUGCCCUUGAAAGUACGCAACUAUGGGUGUCCACAUUUGAGGAGGCUUCUGUGAAACCAUCAUUGUGGACUCGUGGUUCAAGAUCCGGCGAAGAGAGACAGGCCUUCGGCUUGACCCAACCAGAUCUAGGUGUGUGGCAGAUGUAUACCUCUGCCGCUAGGGAAACUCUCCGAUCACAGCCGCGAGUUGAAGAAUUAAGAGCGAUUGAUAGCACCACGCUGUGGCAGCCAAGAGCGACGGCCCCCAGAGCAGAUAAUUUCCUGCUAUGGGUAGCUCAGAAGACGAAGCCUUCCGAAGCUCCACAGGUAAGCUUGAACAAGAAAGCACAGCAGCAAAGAGGCAGCUUUAUGUGGCAGCAGCCUAUAGCUAUGUCGGAAAUUCCCACUGUUGGCUUGUUUGAAGAGAAGUCUGUCAGACUUGACUACCGCAGGACGUCACAAGUCCCUAUUGCAACUUCACUCACACCUAAACCUCGCGCUGUUAAGGAGCCUCUGCAAAGACUUAGAACACAAAAUCUGUGGAAGCCCCGCCCCAAACUACUUACAAGAACAAUUGGGAAACGACAAACUAUGUGGUCGCCAACAUCUGUCAAACUCGCGCAAACAGCUCUGUUUCAGCUUGAUCCCACGCGGAAGACCUACCGAACAACAUCGUCCGAGCCAGCAGCCCUAGACAUGACAACAAAGUCACGAAAGUCAGUUGCUCCACUUCCUCAGCUUUACAGCUCCGCAACAUGGACGGCCAGCAGCACUCAGAAAAUGGAGAUUGAUUGGAUUGAGAUGUCAUCUUCUCAUGUCAACAAUAUCGUACCUGCCUCUUAUAGUGCCUCCCAUGGUCUCUUCCGGAUCGAUACCGAGAGGGAAGAUUACAGAACUACAUCAGCAAAGCCAGCAGCCCUUGCCAUGAUGACAAAGCCACGAAAAUCGAGUGCACCACUCCCUCAACUUUGCAGCUCUCAAAUUUGGAUGCCAAAAAGCACUAAGACAAUUGAGCUUGACUGGAUUAAUAUCUCUUCUCAUCUCAGAAUUGGCAGAGCGAAUAUACUUUCCUCGGGUCUUUUCAAGCUCGAUAUGCAGAGGAAGGAAUGGCGUACGACAAUCGCGGAGCCAGCAGCCCUUCAUAUGAUGACAAAGCCGCGAAAAUCGAGCGCGUCACUCGAGAGACUUUCCAGCACUCAAUUCUGGAUGUCCAACAGCACUAAGAAGGCCGAGCGCAACUGGAUCAAAGUAUGUUCUUCUAAGUUGACAAGCAACGAUGCGGCGGCGCCUCCCCCAGCUCUUUUUAAGCUCGAUAAGCAGAGGAAGGAGUGGCGUUCUACAGGUGCAAAACCGGCAGCCUUGGAUAUGGUGACUAAAUCUCGCACCUUGAUUGCACCACUUCCUCAGCUUGAGUCAUAUCGACUCUGGUCUCCAGCACGCACAGCGAACGUUCAGUUCGAUUGGAUCACAAUCUCGUCGAUAAGACCAGUCAGCCCGUCGAUAGCAUCAAUCGCCAGUUCCACGCCCUCGUCUCCGAUAACCGAUGCGUCCUCAAUCAGGACUGCUAGCACCAAGGCAUCAACGGUUGCCCCAUCAGUUGCCAGCGGUUUCAGCCUUCGUGGCUUUUUCGGGCGCCGAAAAAAGGUCUCCCCCGAGGUCCCUGAAGUCCCUGAAGUCGCUGAACUGCCAGAGAUCCUUGAGGCUCAAGCUGAGCCUUUCCGCGUCAAGAAUUUGGAUGAACUGCAUCACACAGAUUUUCCCUUGCGUCAGCGAAACCGACCCGACGUUGCCGACGUUGGUGAUUGGGAAGCUGCACUACGCGAAGCCGUGGCAGCCAGCUAUCCUAAUACGCUCUCUGCUCCUAUCCAUGUAUCACCCAAGAUUGUCCGCAGAACUGCAACACCUAAGGAGUGGUCCACAGCUCUCAAGCAAGCCAUUGCUGCUAGCUACCCGCAGAACCGAUUUUCUAGAGGACAAUUGUUGCCAUCUCAGUGGGACGAAGAACUCUGCGAGGCUAUCGCACUAUCUCAGCGUUCUCUUUUCGAUGUAUCGAAGCGCCACCCCGUUUUCUUCGGCUCAAUGACUACUACCGCAGCGGAAGUACACCCGGCCAUGCAUGGCUUGAUCAUGCAAAAUGGGAGUUCCUCAGGCAUCGCUCCUCUGCUCUGGUCUCAGUCAAUACCGUCCUCUCAUUUGCUCGUCCCUGGGGCUUUGUGGACUGAACCCGAGUCACGACCCACAAAGAUUGAGGCCGCAGGCCUGCAAGAAAUUGAGAUCACACUGUCCCGCAAGCCAUUCUCCAGGACUUUUUCCGAGCUUCACGUGAGCUCGGAUUUCGGUACCCAGGCGACGUGGAAGCAUCGUGACACCCGGGCUCAAAAGCGGGAUUGGCUCAACGAUGCCUAG